AGCAUGCCGUGUACUUUCUCCGAUGUAUAGUCCCCUCACAGAAACGCGAUCCAUUCGCUUUGCCAUUCCAGAAUGGCCCAGCUUUCCAGAGCGGAGGCCAUUGGACAGAAGCCGAUCGGCGAGGGAUUGGAUUCCUUUCGCGAUGACCUGACCUCAGUAUGCGAGAGUUCAGGACUCCCAUGUUCCGUUGAAUCCUUCCGCAAGUUGGACCCAGAAGCUCGUCAGAAUCUAUCAAUUAACCUGAUGUUGGCUUUGCAAACCCUUCCGGCUUCUCGUUCAUUACCUCCUAUCAGUGGACACGUAAACCUUUUCAGUGACUUGUCAAGAUUAAGCUCAAGCAUCAAUGCCGGUGAGUUUGACUUUCAACGACUCAUACCAUUGUUGGGCGCGGUCCUCGACCGAGAAUCAGAUGGGAUCAUUUGGGAUGAGGUCUAUGCCGCCGCCGCAGAAUCAACCCCCCCCGCUUAUCUUGGGCAAACACCGCAUUCGCAUUCUACAAGCGCGGUUUCAAACUCUGACGAACACCGAAAUGACAUUGAUGCUGUGUUGAGGGGGGAGCUCGGAUCACUAUACACCGAUGUACCUGGGUUUGAUGAGGCCUACUUUGCCGUGGAGGGUCUCAAGGAGGCGGCCGCUGCCGUGUUCAGAAGGCUCAAAGAAGGGGAUGAUUCUGUAUAUGCUGACCAGGUUGGCUGGCAGGGCUGGCCUGAGCCCGCGGAAGAAAAACAGAUUCUGGCUUGGUUGAUUACAAUGGUCGACAAAAUCAACGAAGUCGCGAUAGAAGAAGCCCUCACAACAAAGGACUGUCGCAGUAUCCUGGGAUGGCCUCACCAGCCACUCCAAGGUUCUACAGCUGCUCGGAAACUCGAUGUUGGAUUUGCCCGGGCCCCGCAAAUGACUGGUAACCAGACCCACUGGUCACAAAUACUCGUCAUGGGAGUACUAAAACGGAGCCCUAAGAUGGAUACAACCUCUAGUACGUUAUUAGAUCUCGGACGGUAUGCCAGGGAAGUCUUCGCUGCUCAAGAUACUCGCCGAUUCGUCCUGGGAUUCACUCUAUGCGGUCCCAUCAUGCGGUUUUGGGAAUUUGAUCGCGUGGGAGCUAUAUCAUCUACACCAUUCGAUAUCAACAAAGAAGGUGCCCGAUUCGUUACGGCAAUUCUGGCAUUCCUUCGAAUGAACAAUGAGGAGUUAGGCUAUGAUCCUAGUAUCAUCUCCACUUCAGACGGGAAUCGAUUUAUCGAGAUCACGCGGGAUGGGCAGCCAGAGCGUCUCUUUCUUGAUGGACUAAUGAGAGGUGCUUCCUGUGUUGUUGGUCGAGCCACGACUUGUUGGAAAGCUCACCAUGAAGAUGAGUCAGACAAACCUCUUGUCGUCAAGGAUUCAUGGCAGUAUCCCGAAAGGGAGGAUGAAGGGGAGUUGCUGCGAGAGGCAGCCGAAAAAGAAGUCGUUAAUGUGGCUAGAUAUUACUACCAUGGCACGGUGCAGAUUCAUGGAAAAGAUGAUGAUAUUCAAGGUGCCGUGCGUAAAGGCCUUGAUUUGAAACACGCUAGAAGACACCACCAGGGUCACUCCAAUGCUAGUCCCAGUACCGCCGCCGAAUUCGCGAAAACAGGCCGUUCUACCAGCAGUGCUGGACGGAAGCGGACAUCCAGCCAUCUUGGCCCUGCUGAGCCGCCGACCAAGCGCGCCUGCUCUACCUCUCCAGCUAGAAGUGAGCACGGUCCGGAGGAGAAUAGGGUGCAUCGGCGCAUUGUUGUUCGUGAUUAUGGGGUGCCUAUAUACAAAGCAGGGUCGCGUGUCGCCAUGCUCUCUGCGUUUGCUGAAUGCAUAGAAGGCUAUGAGUCGUUGCAUACGAAAGCGGGGUUUCUCCAAGGAGAUAUCUCCACUGGAAACCUUAUUCUCAGCAAGGAUGGCGGAAAGCAUUCAUGGCCAGCCUUUCUAAUCGACUUGGAUCUUGCCAUCAAGGAGCAACGUGAACAACCUUCCGGAGCAAGAGGUAAAACAGGAACUAGAGCAUUCAUGGCCAUAGGUCUGCUCUUAGGGGAGAAACAUUCAUUUAUGCACGACCUGGAAUCAUUCUUUUGGGUCAUCCUUUGGAUCUGCAUACACCAUGACGGUCCGAGUGUGAGCAAAGUUGUGCGCAGAUUCGAAAGAUGGAACUACGUGGAUCUCGAGGAGUUGGCCGAGCUGAAGAAAGGAGCUGUAGCACAUGAGGGUGACUUUAUUCGCAUGACAGACGAAUACUUCUCUGAGUUCUACAAGCCUUUGAGUCCCUGGGUGAAUCGCUUGCGGAAGAUGGUGUUUCCAAAUGGUGGACGGUGGGAAGAGGAGAAUAAAGGACUUUAUUCACAGAUGAAAACCAUGCUCAAAGCUGCUUGUGAAGACCCUGGGGUUCUAACCCAAUAA